CAACAAUUUGUUGGCGAAAAGCCACAAAAGUUUACAAGAAAAAGACAAACAUGAGCAUAAGAUAUAAGACAUAAGAGUAGAUGGUGCUUAUCACCAGAUGUUCUCUUCCCUGACCUAUCACACCUGUUGGGUGGUUGGGGAGGGUGGAGAGUACGUGAGGUAAGGAAUGCUGCACGUGGAAGUCAGGGUUCGAUAUAAAAGUCAGUGUCCCACACACCCGAGACACAGGUGAAUCACAGCCGCGACUGCCAUGCUCUUGUUCAUCAGUUGUUUUGCCCUCGUGGCUUCUGCUCUGGGGUGUGGAGUGCCUUCUAUCAAACCCCAGGUGAGCGGAUACAACAAGAUUGUAAAUGGGGAGACUGCUGUGUCCGGGUCCUGGCCCUGGCAGGUUUCACUUCAGGAUGGCAGAGGAUUCCACUUCUGUGGAGGAUCCUUGAUCAGCCCAUACUGGGUCGUCACUGCUGCUCACUGCACUGUGUCUCCUAGAAACCACCGUGUUAUCCUGGGAGAACAUGAUCGUCAAUACAACAAUGAGCCAAUCCAGGUCAUGUCCAUUGCCAGAGCCAUCACUCACCCCUACUACAACUCCCAGAACUUUAACAAUGACAUCACCCUUCUGAGGUUGUCCUCCCCAGUGCAGAUGACGUCCCGUGUGUCCCCCGUGUGCCUGGCCUCCUCCAGCACCAGCAUCCCUUCUGGAACCAAGUGUGUCACCACUGGAUGGGGCAGGACUGGUCAAACAUCAAGCCCCCGCUACCUCCAGCAGACUUCCCUGCCUCUGCUCAGCCCCGCUCAGUGCAAACAGUACUGGGGAUACAACAGAAUCACUGAUGCUAUGAUCUGUGCUGGUGCUUCUGGAGUGUCGUCCUGUCAGGGCGACUCUGGUGGCCCCCUGGUUUGCGAGAAGAGUGGUGCGUGGUUCCUUACGGGUAUCGUGUCCUGGGGGACCUCCAACUGCAACGUGCGCACCCCUGCUGUGUACGCCCGUGUGUCCUACCUGCGCAGCUGGAUCGACCAGACCAUUGCUUCCAACUAAUACCAUCAGUCAACACUUCUGCUCCUCACUGUGAUCAGUGAUUCUUCACAGGAUUCAGAUGACUAACACAAGGAAUUUACUGCUGUAGAAUUUGAAUGGCAGCAAAAAAAUGUACUGCACUUGUGAGAAACCAGCCUGAAAAUAUAGCUUAAAAAAUCUAAAAUUGGUUUCAGGUGGUUUUUCAUGUGCAAAUUGUGUGUGUUAUUCAUGUUGUAGGGACUGAAAAUCUGUAUGUUUGCACAGUCACAUUAUAGGGACUUGUAUUCCUUAAGGGGACAGGAAGCAAGUCCCCAAAGGGCAAAUCAUUUUGUUUUUUCAUUUCAAGCGUUAGUGUUCAGCAAGCAGGGUCAGGGUUAAGGUUAGAGUAAGUUAAGGAAAUCAAUGUAAGUCAAAGUAAUGUCCUCUGAAAGCUAGGAGAAACAACUGUGUGUGUGUUGACAUGUCCAUGUGAAUAAAUAAG